AUGUCGUUUAAGCACCCGACACUGAAGGGGAGUCCAGCGAAGCACUUGGCCGAGGCAUCGGCGGGCAGAGGGCCUCAUCAUAAAAAGCCGCUCAGAGGCGUGAUGGUUAGGGGGAGUGUCCUCCGGCAGAAAGGAAGCGCGCUCUCGGAGCCCGACAGGCAGCGUCUGCCCGUUGCCUUAGCAACCAGGCUGGGAGGUGCGGAGCGGGGUUUCGGGAGCGCGCGCGCUAACAGCCCAGGCUGCCGGGGACGCGGCGCGCGCCAAGGCCGGGAGGAGCGAGACCACCCGGCGACGACUCCCCAGGGAAGAAUUGUAUGUUCGCUGUUGCUGAACGCCUGCAAUUCACGGAAGCCAAUUGGUGCUGAUUUCGUAAUCGCCAUGCGGCGUCAGUGUCUAUGCACAAGACUGGCCGGCCUACCAGUUCAGCUAAAGGGCAGUGACGCUACCGCUGAAACGAGAAAAGACAAAGAGGCCUGCUUCAUAUGGGAAGGCAUAAAGGCCCCGAACCUGGGAGAAAGCAUGAUCGCUCUUCAGUGGAGACGCAAACUGAGGGAAAGUGGCGUGUGCGCUUAUUUUACAAAACGUUGUGUGUACAUCUUCGUGAAAAACAAGCGGUCUUUAUUCUGAAA